UAGACGGACACAGCCCACAAAGACCACGAAUGGGAAAUUUGGUCGUGUGUUGUUGAUAAAUUGGGACUGCCAAAGCCGCAGACAGCUCACCGGCGAUUAAUAACAGCACGUUAUUAACUUAGGCGUUGUUAUGCAAUUUAACGCUUUCAGAGCUCUCUCCGGGUCAGUCAGACGCUGGUGGCUGUGCUCAGCUGAUAUGCUGUAGUUUAAAGAAAAUGACUGGAUUGAUUAAAGUUAACUGUGGAUAUUUAUUUCUGCUGGAGACCCGUUUUCAAGGUUUUGGUGUUUCUUUGGUGUACUGGAGGCAGUGGUGGGCAGCUGGUCUGCGGUAGAAUUUUCCAAAAGAGUGUUCAGACAAGGUCAGCACGGAUGGGACUUAUAAGACUUCAGAAAGGGCCUGGUUGGAAAAGGGAGUGACUAUGGACAACCUUUCUGACUUCGGUGGCCCCUGUCCAUCCACCCGCCGGGAAUGGGACACAAACAGCUGCGUGGAAGAUUUAAUGGAUGAAGAUGAGAAAGACAGGGCAAAAAGGGCAUCCCGUAACAAAUCAGAAAAGAAAAGAAGAGACCAAUUCAAUGUACUCAUCAAGGAGCUAUGCACCAUGCUGCAGGGCCAAGGCCAUCCGCGCAAGAUGGACAAGUCAACCAUAUUGCAGAGAACUAUUGACUUCUUGCAGAAACAGAAAGACAUCACUGCACAGAAUGAAACCUGUGAUGUGAGACAGGACUGGAAGCCUUCAUUCCUCAGUAAUGAGGAGUUCACUCAGCUAAUGCUGGAGGCCCUAGAUGGUUUCUUGGUAGCAUUAACUACAGAUGGAAACAUCAUAUACGUAUCCGACAGUGUGUCUUCACUUACUGGCCAUUUACCGUCAGAUAUGGUGGACCAAAAUAUCUUGAAUUUCCUCCCGGAGCGGGAACACGGGGAGGUGUAUAAGCUGCUAUCAUCCCACAUGCUGAUGACUGACCCCAUUGCUGCUGACUUCCUUGACAGUGAGGCACAUAUUGAAUUUUGCUGUCAUCUUGCCAGAGGCAACAUUGACCCAAAAGAGCCACCUGUGUACGAGUACGUCAAGUUUGUUGGAGAUUUCAAGUUUCAUAACAAUGUGCCUACAUCUUCUUGUAACGGGCUUGAAUUGACGUUACCAAGAAACCUGCAGUCAACGCUGGAGGAGCAGGUCUGCCUCAUUGCUACUGUACGAUUAGUCACUCCGCAGUUCCUCAAGGAUUUGUGUAAUGUGGAAGAUCCUUGUGAUGAAUUCACAUCCAGACACAGCCUUGAGUGGAAGUUCCUGUUUUUAGAUCACAGAGCUUCACCAAUCAUAGGCUAUUUACCCUUUGAGGUUCUUGGAACUUCUGGCUAUGAUUACUAUCAUGUGGACGACUUGGAGCUUAUAGCUCAAUGUCACAAGCAGUUAAUGCAGUUUGGAAAGGGUAAAUCCUGUUAUUAUCGCUUCCUGACCAAAGGUCAGCAGUGGAUUUGGUUGCAGACUCACUACUACAUCACGUACCACCAGUGGAACUCCAAACCUGAGUUCAUCGUCUGUACUCACACUGUUGUCAGUUAUGCGGAAGUGCGAGCUGAACGGAGGAGAGCAUUUGGCCUUGAAGAGUUGUCUCCACCUGAGAUAGCUCCCUCCUCUGUGAAGGCUCAGGAGCUGUACUUGGACAUCUGCUCCACAUUGGACCCUACACGGGACAGAAACAGUGGUGCACGUUCAGUAUCCUCCCACAGCUCCCGGAAGUCCUCCCACACAGCGCUGUCAGACUCUGCAUCAGCUAACUCCUACACAGAGGCCUGCACACCAUCAUGGCAGUCUGCUUCCAUUGGGACGGAGAAGACAUCUGCCAGACUCCAGCCCAGUAGUUCAAAGAAUCUGUCACAAAGACAAAAUUCCUUUGACCUUGUUCCCCAAAUGAGUCUCCCCCUUUCUCCUACCUGCAGCAAGCACUCCGCAAUGCAGCAGCAAACACAGCAGCAGCAGCAGCAGCAGCAGCAGUCGUCAAUGUAUCAGCUGCAGCAGCCUCAGCUCGGUGUAAUGAACCAGCUGAAGGAGCAGCUGGAGGAGAGGACUCGCAUUCUGCAGGCUGACAUUAAGACACAGCAGCAGGAGCUGCACGACAUUAAGGAGAAGCUUCACCUGGCUAACCUCCAGAUGUUGUUACAGCAGCCUAUUCACAAUGACUUUGGCCAGGCCCAGCAGCAGCCUCAGCAGCAGGGCCCAGGCAGGCCAACUCAGCUGAGCCAAUCAGGGGUGAUCAGACAACUCUCAGGCCACCCCAAACCACCAGCCUGCGGGCCCCACAGUUCGUCCCCUCGCUCUCUCCUGAGAGAAAACAGCUCACCCUCAACACAGGUCCAGCAAAGGACUGCACGGGGCGGGCAGAUACAGUCAGUGAGUUUGCCCGUGCAGACGAACACAAGUCUGACAAUGCCCUUCUACAGCAACCCCAUGAUGUUCUCUCAGACCAACACGAGGCCUCUGCAGGAUGCAAACCAAAGACACACAGACAACGAGUUCAGCCAAGAUGGACAACUACGCAUGCUUCUCAACCAGCCAAUGCAGACGCUGGUUCCCACUAGCAGUGUCACCUCGCAGCCUUCUCAGUGCAACAUGGGCAUCUCCCAAACCAUAUACACCUUGGAGCAGCAGAUCAUGGCCCCCUCAUUCUCCAUGCAGCAGGUCAACUGCAACGCUGUCCUCGUGCCCUCUCCGGUCUUCACGUCCCCCAUUAUGUUCCCACACAACAGUUUCAUCUCACACCAGUCCCAGUCAGCCUACCACACUCAGCCUCAGGCCUCUCAGCACUCCCUGCAGCUACAGCAGCCCCAGCAGUUCUUUCAGAUGACUCAAGGACUUGUGCAUGGCGGGUCUACUCCAGCAUUCUUACACACCACUAAUGUCCCACAGCAAAGCACUGUGGGAUACAUCCAGCAGCAGCCACAAGCACAGCAAUUGCCGCAAGCACAACGGCAACAGCAACAAAGGCAAUACCAACAUUCCCAAAACCAGACUGGCAGUGUUUCAGACUUCCAAAAUAUGCUGACUCGGUAGCGCUGUGGGCUUUUCUUAGAGCGCUGAUAUUUCCCUGUGUUGUCGCCGUGUAGGCGGCAGCACGCUGUGGCAAGUCAAACUUGAUGUCAAGUUCUGCAGUGGAGGUGGAAAAUUUCUCGUAGUGACCUUACCUUAGAUGUGAAGCUGCCUGUUCAGAAGAAGCCGGUCCAUACGUCACUGGAGUGAAAACCACAAGCAGAGGCCGCACUGAUCUGACGUUACCUGCAGGAUCUGAGUAGAGUCUGAGGUGCUGGGCCCUUCAUCACCGGCCCACACCACACUCAGUCGUCAAUCAGUGACACUGCUGUAACAAGUGGAUUAUCAGAGCUCUCAAGAAGACACCACUCUCACAUGUUUACAUGUGGACGUUUUCAUCUAACACAGAAAGUUUCCUUCUAAGUGUCUGUUUGCACUUUGGUACUACCCUCCUUCCCAAAAGUAGAAUCUUUAUUUUUUUCCCACGAAUUAAUAUUCUGUUUUCCUCACUAAUAGUGGCUUAACAGUGAGAUUAGUCUUCAGACCCCUCCCAAGUGACAAUAUAUGAUAAUGAUAAUAUGAUAAUAUCAUCACCCUGUUCAGAUUUUUAGCUUUGUCUCAUAAAGGGAUGUGUGAACAUAGGAACUCUAAAUCAAUGUGUAUUUCAGUCGGCAGGCAUCAGAUGUCACUCCCAUUUUGUCCCAAAAACAAUGAUUUACUUGCAGGUAUGUUCAUGGCAAGUCACCAAGAAGAGGUUUUAUUAUUGUGACACGUGCAGUGGUGAGAUGACUAUCAUAUCUAAAAUCAGGUUUGGUAAUAAUUCAGAUUUCACAUGUGGCACACACACACGGAAACUGGGGGGAAUAUUCUCCAAUUACUAGAAAGGUCUAUCUAGAUUUUUAAAGCCUCAAUCUGGGACUGAGGAAGGGGUGCUACAACUAUCACACCACUUCUCACUGAGAAUGACAAACAAAGCUCUGAUGAGCUCUACAGUAAGAGUCUUUGGAUGAUAAACAAGCUAGCAAAGGGGGUAAAAAUGUGUGCCUUUAACCAUGGUACAUCCAUGGUGCGGUUUGAUGGUUUUGUCUGAUUAUGGCUUUAAAAAUCCAGCUCAGGUCCGUUUGGAAUACAAAGUUAUAUUUUCAUAGGUCAUAAUUUAUUAUUUUCCGCAUCAGAUUUAAACAAAAGACACCUAGAUUUGUAUUGGAUUUAUUACAAAUAUAUUACAUAUAAUAGAUUGGAUGCUUUUUGCAACCUUAACAUCAGUAGGUCCAAACUCUUUUUGAAAAUUUUCUGUAAUGAUAGUAUUUGAUAAGAUUCAUUUAAAUAUUUACUGAA